AUGUCAACAGGUUAUCAACAUUUAUAUAAGAGUCCCGAUGAAGUGGAUGGCAUGAUACAGCCCUAUUAUGAGACUUUGAGUCAAAGUCAAAAUCAAGCAGCGGCCUCGACAUUCCAACGUAAUUCACCGCUUUAUUGGACUUUGCAAAAUCGCCGGCCGGUUAAACCGCAGGCUCCAGCCAAUGCUCUGAGUCGUGAUGAUUUAUAUGCCACGCCUCUAAAGCGUUCCGAAAGAUUGGCCCUGGCUCAACAGCAGCAGCAGCAACGUCAGCAAGCCCAACAAGCAGCAGCGGCCGCUGAGGCCCCAAGUUCAGCAAAUCUUCCAGCAUCGCCCAGUGCUGUACGUCAACGCACCAACACCAAUUUCCACACCUCAACGCCCAUACGUAAUUCAGAUUCUGCACUGCCAGCUGAUAAUAUACCAGCCAAACAACGCCUCCGGAAUUGGGAUGACAACUCGCCAGAACGUUUGAAUACCUGUGCCGAUCGCAUUGGCCAAAGUAAAACCAGUCUAAUGGAUUUCAAGCGCCUACUCUUGGCCAAAUCGGCCAAGAGCAGUACUCUACCCAAGAAAAUGUCCGCUGUGGAAUUGCUAAAGAAAAACAAUCUUACCAAUCAACAAAAUUCCCAACUCACAGCUCCACUCAAAUCAUCCUCCUCCAGCACUAGCUCCAAUCCAAUUAGCAUUACUGGGGGUGGUGGUAGCGGCACACUCUCCCAAUUAAAUUCUUCCAUGAAACUUUUAGACUUAAGUGGUUCUCCCAAAACAUUUGCCAAUCGUCGUAUGUUGCGUCAGGGUCAAUUUGGUUCGCCCUCAAAAUCGUUUGCACCCAAAUUGAAGACAACACGUUCCAAUUCGUUGCAACGUACCGACAUUAUGUCCACAACAAUACCUGAAGCCAACAGUGAAGAAGAUCACCAUCACCAUCAUUCGGCAAAUAGUUCAUUGAACACUUCGAAAAAUUCCGAAGAAGAAAAUAUGAUCGAUGAUGAAAGUUUCAAUAUUAAACGUAACAUUUUCCUACAAGCCGAGGAGAAUAAUUUUAUGCGCAGUGAAUUGAGAUCGAGUUUUGGUCGUAAUAAAUCCGAUGCAAAACCGCCAAUGGUUAGUAAAGUGGAACCGAUAAUGAAACCCUUAACCGAUAGCAGUAAUGUGGCUGCUGGUGGCGGGGGUGGCAUAUCAACUUUAACAUCAAUGAUGGCCCAUGUUAAUGUUUCAAAUCCAAGUAUGGAUAAUAUUCGGGUUCCCAGUGGUAAUACUUCCAAUGCCACAAUGACAAAUACAGCUGCUUCCUUAGCUAAUAUGCCAGCAUUAGAGACUGCUUUAUAA